UGCGCGUUCGGUUCGGCGCGCUCCUCUGUUUACUUGUCAUGAUGAUGUGAGACGGAUGCAGCAAGCUAGCUAGCCUAGCUGGAGUUAACCAUGAGAUCGGCGAGUCGUGGAGAUGCGGACCUCUGUGAGCAGGGGGCUUAAUGGUGGACCCCCAACCAACUUUAAUGUCGCGGAAGCUGCUACUAUGCUGUAACGUUGAUCCUUGCUUCAACUAUUGCUAACAAUGCUAAGCUACAUGCUCGCCUGGGUCCAGUCGGUUCAUGUUUCGACGUGAUUUGAUAUGGCAGAAAGCAAACCCGAGAACGAUCGUAACUCGGCUGAUGUCUACCUCCCCAAAACUCAUUUUCAUAAAUAAGUUCGUGUAUGAGGCAGCGUACUUAUCGGAGGUAAACCGUUACUAGCGAAAUUCUGGCCUGACAUGGAGCCAGUUCUCCGCGAGAGCCCCGCUGGUUCCGGGGAGUCCGAUGCGGGGGAUUGGAGGGAGGUUAUCCCCGGGGAGGACGACGAAGUCAAGGCCCUUGAAAGCGGUACAAGUCGGCUCUUGGUGCAGGAAGACACUCGUGUAGACGGAGAAGUAGCGAAGGAGGACAACUCGGGGGAAGAGACACAAAGUCAAUAUGAAGAGGAGCUGGACCCCCGAAUUCAGGAGGAAUUGGAGCACCUGAAUGAAGCCAGUGUGGAAAUCAACCAAUUGGAACUCCAGUUAAAUGAUGCCAGAUCGGGGUAUCGAAAAAUUCUGACCGAGUCUGCAAGGAAGUUGAACGCCCAGAGUUCUCAACUUGGUAGCUGCAUAGAGAAAGCAAGACCAUAUUAUGAAGCACGUCGCCUUGCCAAAGAGGCUCAGCAGGAGACUCAGAAGGCAGCGCUGAGCUACGAAAGAGCAGUUUCUAUGCACACAGCUGCCAGGGAGAUGGUCUAUGUGGCGGAGCAGGGCCUGAUGGCUGAUGGCAAGAACACUCUGGAUCCCACUUGGCAAGAGAUGCUCAAUCAUGCUACUGCCAAGGUGAAUGAAGCAGAGGAAGAGCGACUCCGCAGUGAGCGAGAGCACAUGCGAGUCACCCACGCCUGUCAGGAGGCUGAAGCUCGAGUUCAGAUGCAGCAGAAGUCUCUCAAACGAGCCAUCCUGAAAUCCAAACCAUAUUUUGAACUCAAGGCACAGUUUAAUCACAUACUGGAGGAGCACAAGGCCAAAGUGCUGCAGCUGGAACAGAGCGUCGCCAAAGUGAAGACGCGCUACUCCAUAGCCCUGCGAAACUUGGAGCAAAUCAGCGAGCAGAUCCAUGCACAGAGGGCUGACGGGGGGCGGCUCCUGGUGUGCGGCGGGCGUAGCCCCCCUGUCGGAGCUGAGUCCGAUAUUAGCACUCAGGAAAGAGGCGGAGCCUGUGGCGGCGGUGGCACGAGGAAAGACAGGGUGGACGCCGCAAAUCAUCUGGUGGAGAGGUACACGGAGAAGGAGAACGAACGGGAAAGGGCGGGGUCGGAUUCCCUUUCAGUCAUUAGCCUGCAGACCAUCGCUUCCGAUCUGGAGAAAUACGACUCCAUUGAGCACCUCGGGGAUCUCAGCGAUGUCGGGAGUGUAACCGGGGACGACGGGGAUAGAGAGAAAGGCAUGGUGGACAGGAGGGACAGGCUCAUGGAAGCAACCACCAAAGACCGGCAGCAGCAGUUCUUCAAGCACCACCACCGCAGCUUCAGCUUGUGAUUCUCACUCGCUUUUCAUGUCACAUUAGAGCACCCGAACACAAGCAACAAUGUUGGGUUAAGCCUGAAUUUGUGUGGUCGGCUGGACGUUUGGUAUCAUAUGAAGACUAACAUUUAGAGUGAUUUUUUUUUUUUGUCUUAUUUCAAUAGCUGGAUGUCCACAAAACCUUUGGUUUAAAAUAUUAUUGACCAAAAUUAAUAACCAAUUUCAUUUAAAUUCCACAAUAGGUAAAUUUUGUGCAUCUUAUAUUUUGCUUCCUGCAAUGAGAUGAUUUCCAAAAGAGGGCUCCAUCGUUGGGUCAUGGUCAACAGUCACACACUGUUCUCAUCAGUUGCAACACUGGAUAUAGUUUUGUUUCUAAUUGUGAAGUUGUGGUUUCACAAUUGUCUUCCUUGAUGUUUACGACUCAUCGAAAAAGUCAGUCACUCAUACUUAUGUUCCAACACUGAACAGGUUUAUAGCCUUCAGUUCCCAACACUCCCAAGAACAGGAACUCCCACUUGAAGAACUCCUGCACCUGAAACAGUUUAUGAUGAGAAGUUUGUCGUUAAAGAGGAAAUAAUUUGGAAGAGACCAGUGUUUUCGUGGGAUCUGGGAGUUCAAGUGUUUGCUCAACUGUCUCCACAUGAAGGGAAAAAUGACAAAGGUGGUUCUCUGGGUGCAAAAACGUCUCAUUUCCUCGCGUCAAGCACAAGUGAACCUAUCUUUUGAGAAUUCCUUAACAGCUAGCUCAUUGGCAAUGAUGUUAAGCACCUGAGCGCAUGCACUCCAGUUAGUGUUUGUGACAUGACUUGUUAUUCAGUGCAAGUGGAUUGUGACACUUGAUUGCUUUCAUGGCUGUAUUUAGAUAAAAUGAAAAUGUCAUGGGUUUGGCCUGGUGCUUCACUUUCAAGUCUAAAUGUUGCAAUUAUUUACAAGAAGAUCAAUGGAAACGAGAACUUGAAAAAUGUGUUGUGAUUUCAUCUCCUGUUUACAUUUGAACCUGAAUUACACAUAGAGAGAUCGCUAUUUAGAAUCUGCCAGUUGGGUUAAAAACUUUGUAUAAGAACUGUAUAAGGACACAUGUUCUCCAACCAGCUCCGUUUCUCAUUUUUCAUCAGAGACUCUGAAUCGGGCUACUUGCAGUCAAGGUUGUUUUUUGUUUUGAACGAGGGCGCCUGAAAUUCUGCCCUUUAUUCAAACUAUUUAACUUCUGAGGAGGAUUUAUCGUUCUUUACCAGACACUUGUGUUGAGUUUCUAACAUUUUUUAAGCUGCAUUCCUCAGUUAAAAAAUGUAAAAAUCUUUAUCCAAUUCCUACUUGCUGUUAGUUGAAGACAUUUUUCACUGUAAAUGUCUUCAUCUCAACACAAGGUAGUUUACUCUGCAGGCAUUUUCUCACCCAGACAAAUUGUUUAAUUUGAAGUCAUGAGAAUGAAUUAAGCGAAACACUUCCACGUUCUUUAUCCAGGUAAACAACAUGCACUUUGGCGCUUACGAGGCAUUAAAGUGAGCUCUGUUCGGCUUUUGACACUUGAUUAUCUCUCCUCAAAAAGUGUAUUAUUUGUAUAUUGUUUACAUGUUGACAAAAUGAAUAUCUGGAGGAUUUUAUUAAUAUCUUGUUUUAUAAUCUGCCCUGUCGUGAUUUGAUGUGUGCCUUGCCACAGAACAAAUUCAUUUUGAAUUAUUUAAAGUUUUACGUAGUUUAAAACGAAUCCGUAGUUCUGAAUAGAACAGUUAAAAGACCUUGAGUGUUUCUUCAGUAUCGUUUUAGUGAGCUUGAGUGUCAAGCCGUACUUUGUUUUUUAUCCUUCUGUUUUCUGAUUUGUGUGUUUUGCUCAUGCAACAAUACAUAAUCUGUAAAUGUGUGUAAUUAUGACAUAGCUGGGGAAAUAUUGACAUGUACAGCUGUGUGUUUUGGCUGAUGUGACAGACUACUCACAUAUAAUCAUGUAGUGCUUCGGAGAAACGCCUUCCUUUGACUCUCUUGCCCUUUUUAAGGGUUGUUGUAACUCCAUUUAAUGUCAAUACUGGAAUCAAUAAACUUGCAUAC